CACACAAAACAAAAGCACCCAAGAUGAGUUCAUUUUUUUCCUGCUGCAUUGUCUUUCUCUCUGUCAUCUGUUUUUGCACUAAAAUCUGCUUUGCAGAUUCUGAUAAUCUCCAGGACACUUGCCCUACAUCCCCAUCAGCAAAACAAACCAUCUUCAUCAAUGGCUUCCCAUGCAAGAACCCAAAUGACAACAUUGCCCCUGAUUUCAAAACUUCCAAGCUGACCAAAGCUGGCAAUACAGACAAUUUCUUUGGCUCCUCAGUGAAUAUAGUGACUGCUGCAGAGUUGGCAGGCCUCAACACCCUUGGCCUCUCAAUUGCAAGAACAGACCUCAGAGUGGAUGGCUUGGUGGCCCUUCAUUCUCACCCCAGAGCUUCUGAGCUGUUCUUUGUAAGCAAAGGCACAGUGCUUGCUGGGUUUAUUGACACCCAAAACCGGGCCUUCCAGAAGAUUCUUAAGGAAGGAGAUGUGUUUGUGUUCCCAAGGGGCCUGCUUCACUUCUCUCUGAAUGCUGGGAAUGAUUUUGCCACUGCUUUCUCAGUGUUUAACAGCCAAAAUCCAGGAGUUGUGGGCAUCUCUGGUGCCAUGUUUAAGAAUGAUCUGGAUAUGAUAUACAAGAUAACAAAGGGGUUUCUCUCUGAUCACUUCAAAAAUGUCACUUUUCCCGGUUCUUCAAGUCUUAACAGGCAGCAAUUCAGAAACUUAAAUCCUAUCAUAUGAAGAUUAUAUAAAUAUAGUUCUUUGUAUCUACUAGCAGUUAAAUGCAUAACAUUGUUUCAAUUGUGCCAUUAUAGUCUCAGCAGUUUGCUCUGGGCUAAGAACAAGAGUGAUCAUCAUAAAUUAUAAGAAAGACUGUCCCCUAUAAUGUAAAGCUUGGUGGCCUCCUUUAUGGCUGAAUAAUGUUUUGAUGUUUCCUAUUUCCAGUGUGCUGCAGAAUGUUUUCUAUU